CAUCAUCACUUUUUCAAUUUCUCAAACGAGAGUAAACGAGAAGCAGAGCACGCACAGGGAGGCUUCUGUGAAAAAUUCCCAAGCUCCAAUCUUGAGCUACAGUGAUCCAAAAAUCCCGUAAGUAAUGCCUAAUUCAUCCAUACAUCGUGAUUUAUCGAUUUAGAGUUUUAAAACGAGUUUUUGGUUCAGGAAUUUCUUGAAUUCCCGAUCUGCCAAAUUAGGGUUUCGGAGUAUCCGGAAGCCAGAUUGAGCCCGAAUUUCAUAUACGAGCUUCCUGCAGCGAGGUAAUCAAUCCCCUAGUUCUAAUUCCUGAUUUUCGGCUAUUAUUUAGGCCGGGGUCCAAACCGCUGAAUUUAGCUCCGGCCAGGGUUUGAUGUGUUUUUAUCAAGAAUUUGGCCUGGAGCCCAGAACUAAUAUUGACGGGGAUACUGCAGGGGGUAUUAGGACGGUCUCGGAUUUUAAUUCGGGAUUCGUUCGUGAAAUUGACGUUUUAGUACGGGAAGCUAAAACCGGUGUUUGAACGACCAGAACUGGUGAGGGAUUAGCACGGCAUACCGGGUUUGUCGUAUCAUGAUAAUUAAUGUAACACCCGAGAUUAUUUCCGCUGCAAUUGUAUGAACAAUAUGAUUAGGUAAUACGUAUAGGGUAGGGUGUUACAGUUUGGUAUCAGAGCCCGGUUCCCUCUUUUUGUUGUUAUGGCGUACUAUACCCUAUGGGAGGUUAAACACUCCUAAGGAGGGGAGUACCCCAUAAUGACUUAAACUGGGAAUUGAGUUUGACAUGAUUAUGUGUAUUGGCAUAUUGGAUGAAAUUACCUGCAUCAUGGUUUUCAAAAUUGAGUUUUGAACUUAUUUGUUUUCAAGUAAUUAUUUUGGAAAUUUUUUUGUUUUAACCAAGUGAGAGAUUUGGUGAAGAAUGAAUUUUGUGUGGAUCAAUCUAAGGCCAAUAUUUCCUUGUAGCUCGCACGGAAGUUGUGAAAAUGUUCCUACUGACCAGUCGAGAGGAGUGGGGGCGGUUGAUGCAAGACCGCCAGUAUUAGAUUAUGCAAAGAUGAAGAGUUUGGGUGGUAGGGACUUUAAGGGAGAUGUGAGCCCAGAUGCUGUAGUAGAGUGGUUGAGAGAGAUGGAAGAUGUGUUUGAGUAUCUUUAUGCAACCCCAGAGGAAAAAGUGCAGUAUGUUGUUUUUCUCCUAAAGGGGUAUGCGAGGAGCUGGUGGUCCUCAGUCUCUAGAGUUAAUGGUGAACGAGUUCAGUUCACCUGGGAGGAGUUUCUGAAGGCCUUUAAGACAGAGUUUCUUCCCGAAGCUUUUAUCAGGGCAAAGAACAAUGAAUUUUCCAACCUUAAGCAGGAGAAUAUGACAGUUACUGAGUACACCAUCAAGUUUGUUCGACUGCUUUACUUUGAGGAUGGGUUGGCGGAUACUGAGCAUAAGAAGAAGAUGAGAUACUUGCAUGGUCUGCGCAUAGGAUUGAAAGAAAAGAUCCACAGGGUUGAUGAAGAGAGCAUGGCCACAAUCAAGGAGGCAGCACUUAAGUAUGAAGCCUAUGAAGUUGAGAGCCGAGAGGAACACAAGGCCAAAGAAGAGGAGAAGAAGAGGAAGUUUGGAGUAAAUUAUGCUGGACCUCGUUACCCACCCAGGAGAGGUCCUAGCAGUUUUGGGAGAACACCGAAUCAAUCUAUGUCAGGAACAUCAUACAGGGCACCAAUUUCCUCAGCCACACAAUUUCCAUUUUGUCAAGUUUGUCAGAAGAGGCAUCUUGGAGAGUGUAGGAGAUUUUCUGGUGUAUGCUUUCAGUGUGGCCAACCUGGGCACAUCAUGAGGGAUUGCCCGCAUGCGAGAGAAGUAAGAGCUACACAGUCCGAGCCUUCAGUGCAAAUGAGUAGAGCCCCAUUCAGGGGUGGUUACCAGGGAGGCCGUAGUGGAUUUCAGAGUGGUCGUGGUGGUUCACAGGGUGGUAGAGGUGGUGGUCGAAAUCAGCCAUCAGGAAGUGGUACGCAGGGUACCAGAGCACAGGGAGCACCGAGGGUUUAUGCAAUGACUCGAGGUGAGGCAGAAGUGGCACCAGAAGUUGUGACUGGUAUGCUUUCUAUCCUUGGCAAGCAAUUAUAUGCUUUGAUCGAUACUGGUUCCUCUCACUCAUUCAUGUCAUAUACGUUUGCACAUAUGCUACGCUUAGUUCCAGAUAAGCUAGGUUAUACCUUAUGUGUUAAAACACCUGUGGGAGAUACCUUGAAGGUAGACUCAGUUAUUAGAAGUUCCUUCAUUUGUGUGGAAGGAGCUUUCCUAGCAGCAGAUUUAAUUCUGCUACCUUUUGAUGAAUUUGAUGUCAUCCUUGGAAUGGACUUUCUGGCAACACAUGGAGCUGUUGUGGAUUGUCAAAAGAAAGAAGUGUUAUUCAGCACACCAGAUAAAGGUCCUGUUGUAUUCCGAGGCAUUAAGAAAAAGACUCAUGGUUUUCUUUCUGCCUUGGAAGCUUUUCGAUUAGUGAAGGAAGGUUGUGAAGCCUUUCUUGCUCAAGUUACUAUAGUAAAUGAUAAGAAGGUUGAGGAUGUAGAGGUGGUAAGGGAAUUUCCUGAUGUAUUCCCUGAAGAACUUCCCGGCCUUCCACCAGAAAGGGAAGUAGAGUUUGAUAUUGAAUUGGUACCUGGCACAACACCAAUUUCAAUGGCACCAUAUAGAAUGGCACCAAUUGAGCUGAAGGAGCUUAAAGAACAAUUGCAAGAAUUGUUAGACAAGGGGUUUAUUCGACCUAGCAUCUCACCUUGGGGUGCACCGGUUUUGUUUGUCAAGAAGAAAGAUGGUUCCAUGAGAAUGUGCAUUGACUACCGGAGGUUGAAUAAGGCGACAGUGAAGAAUCGUUAUCCCCUUCCAAGAAUAGAUGAUUUGUUUGAUCAAUUGCAGGGUGCCUCAGUCUUUUCUAAGAUUGAUUUGAGAUCUGGAUACCAUCAAUUGAAAGUGGCAGAUGGAGCAACCUCAAAAACAGCUUUUAGAACAAGAUAUGGGCAUUAUGAGUUCCUGGUAAUGCCUUUUGGACUCACUAAUGCACCAGCGGUAUUUAUGGCUCUUAUGAACAGAGUUUUCCAUGAAUAUCUUGAUAAGUUUGUGAUUGUGUUCAUAGAUGAUAUUCUCAUCUAUUCUAAAAGCGAGGAGGAGCACAAAACUCACCUUAGAAUUGUGUUGCAAAUUCUAAGGGAGAAACAAUUAUAUGCAAAAUUCUCAAAAUGUGAGUUUUGGCUGAAGGAGGUAAUAUUUCUGGGACAUGUAAUUUCUGGAAGAGGUGUCGAGGUGGAUCCGAAAAAGGUGGAAGCAGUGGUGAGUUGGACUCCACCAAAAGAUGUGUCGGAGUUGAGAAGUUUUCUUGGCAUGGCUGGUUAUUAUCGGCGGUUCGUAGAAGGAUUUUCUAAAAUUGCUGCACCAUUGACUAAACUGUUGAGGAAGAAUACUAAGUAUGUUUGGGAUGAAUCAUGUCAAAAGAGUUUUGAUGAACUGAAAAAGAGAUUGACCACAGCACCAGUACUUGCACUACCUUCAAGUCAAGGAGAGUUUGUGGUGUAUAGUGAUGCCUCGUAUCAAGGAUUGGGCUGUGUGUUAAUGCAAGAUGGAAGAGUUAUCGCAUAUGCCUCUAGGCAAUUGCGUCCUCAUGAAGUAAAUUAUCCAACUCAUGACUUAGAAUUGGCAGCGGUGGUAUUUGCUCUCAAGAUUUGGCGACAUUAUUUGUAUGGUGAGACUUUUAAAAUUCUAACUGAUCACAAAAGCUUGAAGUAUAUUAUGGAUCAGAAGGAUUUAAAUAGUCGCCAGAGGAGAUGGAUAGAGUUGUUGAAAGAUUAUGAUUGUACCAUUGAUUACCAUCCAGGUAAAGCUAAUGUAGUUGCUGAUGCUCUGAGCAGAAAGGGGAAGAAGAAUAUAAAUGAUCUGGUUGAUUUGAGGGCAAUGAAUGUUGAUUUGGAAGUAGAUGGUGUAACAGGGUUACUAGCUCGGUUGAACAUUCGACCUUUGUUGCACGACAAAAUUCGUGAGAAGCAGAAGGAGGACCUAGAGUUGGUAAAAAUCAUUCAAGACAUUGAGGAAGGAAAAGAAAGCCCAUUUGAAAUGGUAGAUGGCAUGUUGAAGAUUAAUGGAAGAACAUGUGUUCCUAAUGUUGAUAACUUGAGGAAAGAGAUACUAGAUGAAGCUCAUUCUUCUGCUUAUGCUAUGCACCCAGGAGCAACUAAAAUGUAUCACACGAUCAAACCAUAUUUUUGGUGGCGUGGGAUGAAAAAGGAAGCGGCUGAACAUGUUUUCACAUGUCUAGUAUGUCAGAAAGUUAAGGCAGAACAUCAAGCUCCUGUGGGAAAACUGCAACCACUUCCAAUUCCAGAAUGGAAGUGGGAAAGAAUCACAAUGGAUUUUGUAUAUGGUCUCCCAUCAUCAAGGGGAAAAGAUGCAAUAUGGGUUAUUGUGGACCGACUAACCAAAUCGGCUCACUUUUUACCCAUUAGAUGGAAACCAUCACUGGAGACUUUGUCUCAACUAUAUAUUAAGGAGAUCGUCAGAUUGCAUGGUGUGCCAAUUUCUAUUGUCUCUGAUCGAGACCCGAGCUUCACAUCUCGGUUUUGGCAAAGUUUACAUGAUGCCUUGGGAACUAAAUUACAUUUUACUUCAGCUUAUCAUCCUCAAACAGAUGGGCAGAGUGAACGAACCAUCCUAACCUUGGAGGAAUUACUUCGAUCAUGUGUAAUGCAAUGGGAAGAAUCAUGGAUUGACCAUUUGCCCUUAAUUGAGUUUGCUUACAACAAUCAGUUCCAUAGUAGUUUGGGUGUUCCACCAUAUGAAGCACUUUAUGGGAGAAAAUGUAGAACACCAUUAUGUUGGGAUGUAGAAGGAGCAAGGCAAAUCUCAGGGCCAGAGAUAGUUCAGAUCACAGUUGAUAAGGUCAAGGAAAUCAGGGAGCGUAUGAGGGUGGCUCAAGAUCGACAGAAAGUUUAUGUUGACACGAAUAGGCGUGAAGUUCAUUUCGAAGUGGGUGAGAAAGUAUUUCUCAAAGUGUCACCAUGGAAAGGGGUGAUGAGAUUUGGUAAGAAAGGAAAGCUUGCACCUCGAUAUAUUGGGCCAUAUGAAAUCACAGAGAAGAUUGGACCAGUGGCUUAUAAGUUAGCAUUGCCUCCAGAAAUAUCUCAAAUCCACAAUGUAUUUCAUGUUAGUAUGCUGAAAAGGUACAAAGUGGAUCCUUCCCAUGUUAUACAACCAGAAGAGAUCGAGUUGGGUACAGAUUUAACAUUUGAAGAAGUCCCAGUGCAGAUUGUUGACCAUCAGGUUAAAACUCUUCGUAGAAAGGAAAUUCCAAUGUUGAAGGUUGUGUGGAGGAAUCAAGAUAGUGAGAGUGCUACCUGGGAGACUGAAGCAAGUAUGAGAGAGAAGUACCCUGAGUUAGUAGCAACCUACUUUGCAGGUUAACAAUCUUGCCUAAUAAGUUAUGUUUUGAACUUGUUGAUGUGCUUUUGUUGUGAUAGCCCAGUAUAGGUUUUUGAAACCUAAACAUGGGAACUUGAGGUGUUAUGUGUUACUCUCUAUGUUAUGAAUCUCCUAACCUAAAAGUAAGGUAGUAACAAGAUUUGUGAUAGUGUAGGUUAGGGGGGGGGGGGGGAAUGAGCGGAUUUGUACCAUCGACUCAAGAAUAGAUUUCGGGGACGAAAUCUUUUAAGGAGGGGAGAAUUGUAACAUCCCAUUUCGGCUAAACCCAUAUUUUGAUCGCUAGAAAGUUCGCGAUUUAAAAUCGAGCGUUUUAAUAGUAUUUCGGCGAAAAUCGGAUUAUCGAUCGAUCGGAUAAGUAUACGUAUUAAUUAUAUAUAUAAUAUAUAUAUAUAUAUAUAUAUUAACUAAGCGGCCGGACAUAUAUAACUUCCCCGUCCAUUAUCAUCAUCAUCAUCACUUUUUCAAUUUCUCAAACGAGAGUAAACGAGAAGCAGAGCACGCACAGGGAGGCUUCUGUGAAAAAUUCCCAAGCUCCAAUCUUGAGCUACAGUGAUCCAAAAAUCCCGUAAGUAAUGCCUAAUUCAUCCAUACAUCGUGAUUUAUCGAUUUAGAGUUUUAAAACGAGUUUUUGGUUCAGGAAUUUCUUGAAUUCCCGAUCUGCCAAAUUAGGGUUUCGGAGUAUCCGGAAGCCAGAUUGAGCCCGAAUUUCAUAUACGAGCUUCCUGCAGCGAGGUAAUCAAUCCCCUAGUUCUAAUUCCUGAUUUUCGGCUAUUAUUUAGGCCGGGGUCCAAACCGCUGAAUUUAGCUCCGGCCAGGGUUUGAUGUGUUUUUAUCAAGAAUUUGGCCUGGAGCCCAGAACUAAUAUUGACGGGGAUACUGCAGGGGGUAUUAGGACGGUCUCGGAUUUUAAUUCGGGAUUCGUUCGUGAAAUUGACGUUUUAGUACGGGAAGCUAAAACCGGUGUUUGAACGACCAGAACUGGUGAGGGAUUAGCACGGCAUACCGGGUUUGUCGUAUCAUGAUAAUUAAUGUAACACCCGAGAUUAUUUCCGCUGCAAUUGUAUGAACAAUAUGAUUAGGUAAUACGUAUAGGGUAGGGUGUUACAUUUCGUCCCCGAAAUCUAUCCUUGAGUUGUACUCUAAGUCCGCUUACUCACCCUAGACAUGGUCUAUCGUAGAUAAACCAUUACCUAACUCUUAGGUUAAGUGAUUCAUAACAUAUAAGGUAACACAUAACUCCUCAAGUUCCCAUGUUUAGGUUUCAAAAACCUAUACUGGGCUAUCAUAACAAAAGCACAUCAGCAAGUUCAAAACAUUAACUUAUUAGGCAAGAUUGUUAACCUGCAAAGUAGGUUACUACUAACUCAGGGCACUUCUCUCGCAUACUUGCUUCAGUCUCCCAGGUAGCACUCUCACUAUAUUGAUUUCUCCAAACCACUUUCAACAUCGGGAUUUCCUUCCUACGAAGAUUCUUAAUAUGGUAAUCAACAAUCUCAACUGGAACCUCUUCAAAUGUCAAAUCUGGACCCAACUCGAUAUCUUCUGGUUGAUAACAUGGGAAGGAUCCACUUUGUACCUCUUCAGCAUACUAACAUGAAAUCCAUUGUGGAUUUGGGAUAGCUCUGGAGGCAAUGCCAGUUUAUAUGCCACUGGUCCAAUCUUCUCUAUGAUUUCAUAAGGUCCAAUAUAGAGAGGUGCAAGUUUCCCUUUCAUACCAAAUCUCAUUACGCCUUUCCAGGGUGACACUUUGAGAAAUACUUUCUCACCCACUUCGAAAUUAACUUCACGCCUAUUUGUGUCAACAUAAACUUUGUGUCGAUCUUGAGCCACCCUCAAAUGCUCCCUGAUUUCCUUGACCUUGUCAACUGUAAUUUGAACUAUCUCUGGCCCUGAGAUUUGCCUUGCUCCUUCUACAUCCCAACAUAAUGGUGUUCUACACUUCCUCCCAUAAAGUGCUUCAUAUGGU